CCUCAGUCUGGUGUCAGAACAUAUCUCGGCUACAACCCACAAUUCUCUCUCAUAUCAUCAAGGGAAACUACUGCAUAACAGCCUAUCCUCAUCAUCAAUAGCCUCUAUUUCCUAAUGUCUGUUGAAAGCUGUUCUUCCGCUGAUUCCGGCUCGGCCACCGCCGUAGCUACUCCUGAACCCGAAGUGAUCCUAUCAGUCGGCUCACGCAAGACCGUCAGUCAAGAAAAAUGCCUCGCAACCAUUUCAUCCGUUCAGCAAACACCAUUCACGAUUGGUCCAUGUUCAGCGACUUUCACAACUCCGAAACGCAAAGGACGCUAUAUCCUCAGCACCGAGAAUACCCUGAAGAAUAGCCUCCUUAUGUCCGUCGGGUAUCUAGAACUCGCCAAUGCAGGAGAUUUUGCCGCAAAUGUGUGGAACGACGUUCCUCCGCCAAAAUUUGCAAUAGUUUUGAUGGCUAUCGGGGGUACACUCGCGCUCUCUAUACCUUAUUUUGCGUUCAAAGAUGCUUGUAGCAGUUGGGCGAACAUUCGGCUACUUCGGAGAGAACGGAUACGAAUUCGAGCCACAACCAAGAAGGGCUCAUCUGACGAAGAAACACAACUUUCUAUCAGCGAGCAACAUUCUCAACGAGUCCUCCUCGAUAUGACGCGUAGAGAGCUAGGAUCCGAAAUUGUUGACCGUCUAGGGAUGGAGAUCUUGAUGGGCUGUGGCGCUCUGCUCGUCGGUGUUGGGACACUCAUGGCUAUUGGUGGAGCAGAUCCAGAAGUUUUUAUUGCAAGCAAUCUUUUAUCUGGGUACGUGGGAAACUCAUGGGCAGCUAGCUACUCCAUUGUCAACGCGGCUUGGUCCAUCUUCAUUUGGAUUCGAGCACACCGCCACGGCCGUGCAGCUUCUCGCUUCCUCCCCGUAGAUGUCAACAACAGCUUGGUUCAACCUCGCCUUGGAUCCAUACAGAUGCAUUCAAUCAUCAACGGCGCUACCGGGCUUAUCGCUGGAGCUGCGUCACUUCUCACAGCUACGCUAUGGUGGGGAUAUGUAGUUCUGGCCCCUUGUAUUAUUUCCAUGAUCUGGUGCAAUUAUUAUUGGCGACAUACGAUAGGGUACGAUCGACCUAUUAUCCAACAUCUUCCAAAUCCCUUGAACUGGGCUGAAAUAGUUGGCGAACUCGGGUUUAUCGAACACACUCGAAUAAUUUUAACAGAUGAGGCAUUGCAAUUACCGUCUAGCGAUUUGCCGACCGCCAUUCUUGGUCUACGAUCGCUUCCCUCGAUUAUCGAUUUUAUCGUAAGAAACGAUCUUUUUGAAGAUUUCUCCCGCCGAAUUCUUCAAGACGAGUCUUUGGCAUCGAGCUUGAUCGUUAUUUCCGAUGGAAACUCAGCGGUCAUCGCCUCUGACGCGAUCUUAACGGCGAACGAGGAGCAAGCGAGACAAGUGACAGAAAUUGCACAUACUUGUAUCCGAGUUGCUGGUCCUCGGCAUUUGGUAUAUAGACAAAGAUAUUUAUUAGACAUCCUGGGGAGUGCACUCUGUCAUGAAAGCAAUUCAUGA